CAAUUCAGUCAAUGGAGAGCGGUGGUCAAAGCAUGUGGUACUCGUCGGCGCGUUAAUGUACAAAGUGGUAGCAAUGUCGGAUGCCGAGUCGGAAUCGGAAUAUACGGAUCAUUCCAAAAGCCCUAUAUUGGGAAGGACACUAAAACCCGCCAAGCGCAGGGUCAGAGUGCGUAAGCGUGGAAGUAGAAAGAAUAAAUUUCAGGGCACAAAUCGACGAAGAAAGUAUAUAUGCCUUGUCAUAGCAGCACUGGUGACCAUCGCCUUAUUGGCAGUAUUUAUAUCGAUCAGUGAUAACAACAACACUAACAAUUAUAGAACAAGUGUACGUGAGGAAGCAGCAGGAAGCACUGCUUCUCCUAGGAGGAGGUCAAAAUCGAUAGCAGUUCUAAAUUUUCAAAGAGACGAAGUGCCUUCGUUCAUUAAUUUAUGGAACAAUUGUUCCGUUACAUUAUGGGACGCCGCUCAAUUUGAAGACUUUCGAAGCUAUGACGCUAUCGUUAUAAAUUCAACUCUUGAUGAUAUAUUAAGCGGUCGGGAACUUAUCAACGUGAACCCAAACGAUUCGCUUAUCAUUUUCGGUUCAGACAAACCGUUACAAUACAGUAAUAGCCGUAAUAUAUCGUUGGCGAAUUCCCAUUUGCGUAUUUACGAUAAAAUAUUUUCAUACUCCUUGAAGUCCGAUUUCAUUUAUCAACCAUUUAAAAUAGUGCGAAUGAAUGAUUCGAAGAUUAUGUCACCCAAUUUGCAACCAGAAUGGGAUGCGCCGCAAGCGAACUUCACAUCGCAAAGCCUCAGAAAUUUUAGAUAUGAAAGUGUUUUGGACUCAUCCCCAUUGGCAUUGACCAUAUUGAAUGGACCCUGUCAUGUCGCGCGUAAGGAAUUGAUCGAGCGUAUAACCCAAAAUAUGGACGUGCACACUUAUGGCGAAUGCGGCGAAUAUAGCUGUGGCGAAGAUCUCUGCAAAUAUAUACCACGUAGUCGAGGGAAUAAAACGUAUAAGUUUUUCUUGGCCUUCGAAGAGGAACUGUGCGAGGACUACGUUGGCGAGUGCUUCUUCAGAGCCUUGGACCUCAGCUUGUUGCCAGUAGUCUUCGGUGGUGCUAAUUACACGCGUUUUGCGCCCCCGAACUCUUACAUAAAUGCUCGCGAUUAUGCGAGCAUACGCGAACUAACUGAAUACUUGCUCUACUUGGACCAGAAUCCCGAGGAACACAUAAAAUAUUUCACAUGGCAGGAGAAGUAUUACCUCCAAGAGAAUCGUUAUGACUUGUGGGAUAUCUGCAAAUAUUUGAUAAAUGCUGAUAAAGUCAAACUAGAACUUAACGCAUUGACGGCAACAAAUACAACAAUUGCGAGUUGGUUAAAUGAGAAUAUGUGUCGACCAUAUGAAUUGCCCGAAACGUGGACUUCGUGAGACUUUGAUUCCAGUUGUGAGGGCGUCGAAGCAAAUUGAAAAAGGCAUUAACCACAUGCAUAUAUAUAUAUAUAUAUAUAUAUAUACAUAUGUUAAGUUAUAGCAAGGUACAUGUGUAAAUAAGAUUAAUUAGUAGCAACGAGCAAUUGAAUGGACUGUUUUCGCCUUUUCGCCCGUGUUGGUCGCGAUAAGAUUGUGCGGCUGAUAUAGCCCCCUAAUAUUUGUAUGUAAUAUUAGAGUGUUUGUGUUAUAUGAUUAAUGUGAUACAAUUUUAUUUUAUUUAUCUACAGUAUUUAUUGAACUUAGAUAAUAUUUCUUACUAUUUUUUUUAAUAAAUUGUGUCUAUGCAACUAAAUUAAUGACUCAG